UCUCUGGGCGGGACUUCCGGCAUCUUCCUCGCAGUGGACAUCUUGUCGGCUCUUAGGUGGAACCAUCGGAGCAAAAGCUCAGGGUUGCUGGGCGGUUCCGAGGUGACGGAAGCGGGAGGGUGCGUGAGGAGUCGCUGUUCGCUCUGCAAAGUGGCUCGCCAGCGGAGACCCCGCCUCCGCCCCCGGGUACGGACGACCGCGGUGCCGGGGUCCCGCGACCUGAGACCCCCGCGCAGUUCCGUGCGGUCUACGAGCUGUGAUGGCGGCGGCCGCGGUGAUGGCCCGGCGCAGAUCCUCUGUGGUUGCUGAAUUGUAACAAGAGAGAGAACUCUGGCUGCCUGAGAGGACAUGACUCUAGUCACAGCAGGAGGGGCUUGGACAGGCCCUGGUUGUUGGCAUGGAGUGAAGGAUGAAGAGUCAUCUUCUGAACAGAGCAUUUCUAUAGCAGUGUCACAUGUUAAUACUUCCAAGGCAGGUUUGCCCGCACAGACAGCUCUCCCUUGUGACAUAUGUGGCCCCAUCUUGAAAGAUAUUUUGCACCUGGAUGAACACCAGGGUACACACCAUGGACUGAAACCUCACACAUGUGGGGCAUGUGGGAGACAAUUCUGGUUCAGUGCAAACCUUCAUCAGUACCAGAAGUAUUACAGUAUAGAGCAACCCUUAAGAAGGGAUAAAAGUGAGGCCUCAAUUGUGAAGAACUGCACAGUUAGCAAAGAACCUCACCUGUCAGAGAAGCCCUUUACAUGUAAGGAGGAGCAGAAAAACUUCCAGGCUACUUUGGGUGGCUGCCAACAAAAGGCCAUCCGCAGUAAGAGGAAGACACACAGGAGCACUGAGAGUGGGGAUGCAUUUCAUGGUGAACAAAUGCAUUACAAGUGCAGUGAAUGUGGGAAAGCUUUCAGCCGCAAAGACACACUUGUCCAGCACCAGAGAAUUCAUAGUGGAGAGAAGCCUUACGAGUGCAGCGAAUGUGGGAAAGCCUUCAGCCGCAAAGCUACACUUGUCCAGCAUCAGAGAAUCCAUACUGGAGAAAGGCCUUAUGAAUGCAGCGAAUGUGGAAAAACCUUCAGUCGAAAAGACAACCUUACUCAGCACAAGAGAAUCCACACUGGAGAAAUGCCUUAUAAGUGCAAUGAAUGUGGGAAAUAUUUUAGCCAUCACUCCAAUCUAAUUGUACACCAGAGAGUUCACAAUGGAGCAAGGCCUUAUAAGUGCAGUGAUUGUGGGAAAGUCUUCAGACACAAAUCUACACUUGUUCAGCAUGAGAGUAUUCACACUGGAGAAAAUCCUUAUGAUUGCAGUGAUUGUGGGAAAUCCUUUGGCCACAAAUACACCCUCAUUAAACAUCAGCGAAUUCACACUGAGUCAAAGCCUUUUGAGUGCAUUGAAUGUGGGAAAUUCUUUAGUCGAAGUUCUGACUUUAUUGCACACCAGAGGGUUCACACUGGUGAAAGGCCUUUUGUGUGCAGUAAAUGUGGGAAAGACUUUAUCAGAACAUCCCACCUUGUUCGACACCAAAGAGUUCACACCGGAGAAAGGCCAUAUGAGUGCAGUGAAUGUGGGAAGGCCUACAGCUUAAGCUCCCACCUCAAUCGGCAUCAGAAAGUUCACACUGCAGGCAGGCUUUAGGAGUGCUUUGAAUACAACAGGACUCAUCAAUCAGAUGUUUAAUUUCAUAUAUCUGAACAUUGACACAAAGGAGAUAACUUAGGGUGCCAGGUACGUAGGAACCUUCUAGGGAUAUGUUGCACUUUCUAACUUACUCAGGUCUUUUGCCAGAGUUAUGUCACUGUCAAUCCCUGUGGCCGAAACCAUCUUAACUCUACCAGCUAAGAUACCCCAGCAUUGGGGAAGGCAGGGUUUUGUAUUCUCCAGUCCCUGGAGAAAAUCAUGAAAUGCCUGAGUUCAUUGGGGGUCCUCAUUCCCUUCUGUAUGACAGGUAUAGGUAUGGACAUGACCCAUUUUUAGCCAAGAGGGUCUGAGCUGUAUCUGCUGGUGGCUUAUACAAAAGGUUUACUUUCUUCAUGGAUAUUCUUCAUCUCACAUACUUGUAAUCGAGUUUUUCCAACCUCCAAGUCACCUGGCCUGGGAAAGUACUUGCCUCAUGUUGCUCUGGUUUGUGAUAAUAAAGGCUUUACAGUUUAAGCCACCUUUAAUCUUGGAGGUUCUUCUUACUAUCUAGAGUGGAUUGAAAACAGGCUCUGCCAAACUGAAGACAGCCUUUGUGCCGUGCCUCCAACUUUGCCUCAAAUGGGACAGUGGGUUGAGGGAGAACAGUUCUUAGUCCAGUUUUGAUGUUAACUUCCAUAGCUGACAAAGCUUGUUAAGUAAGAAUUCAGAUCUUGUGUAGACCUGAUUUGUCUGGAUUUUAGAGUUAUUUGAGAGCCCAUAUUUCACCUUGAGGAGGGUGCUGCUGCUGUGACAGCCUGCAGUGUUUUGAAACAGCAUGGAUUGGGUGUCUUGUUUGCAGCAUAUGUCCCAUAUUCCCCAACACUGCUGAGGGAAAGCUGUUCCUCAGGACCUGCUGAGUGGCCGUAUUCCCUGAAGGCCUGAAUCUGUUUCACAGGCCACUGUUGGUAAGAUCUAAAGCAUCCAGUAGGGAAACAAAAUUGAUAAAUAUUGGGUGUAAGUAACUGGGAUUGGGGAGAUUGUGGCAAACUAGAGGGGAAGUGCCUAUUGUAAAAACACAUCCACAGACAGUCCAGGCACUAAGGCUGAAUGGGAUCAGGGUAUCCAGAAAUCUCAGGAUCUCCAGGGCCAUGUUACUGUUAGGUCAAGGUCACUGGUGCAGCAACGAAUGUAGUUUUCCUAGAUUCCUCUACCUCCCUGGCCUCUUUACCUAAUGUCUUUGCUGCACAGGCAGUAACCCUGGGAAUAAAGACGUGUGGUGGUCCAAGGAAGUAGCUUUUGUGACCAGCUGGAGUUUCUCGUGACUCUGUUGGCAAUGGUCCUCAUUGUUUGCCAGUUUUUCUUACUACUGAGGAAGAGAUUGUCUUCCCAAGGUAUUUGGAGUGAUAAGAGUCACCGUAGUGAGGUAGAGUCACUCUUAGUGAUGUCCAGUUGUCCAGUUUCCAAUAGCAGUGGGAGACCCAGAUUUUUAAAUGAGAUAACUUUUUAUAGAUUCACUGAGGUGUAAUCAACAUGCAAUAUAUUGCACAUAUUUAAAGUGUACGAGUAUUGAUACAUACACACACACACACACACACACGAAACUAUCACCGUAUCAGUGGUAUUGGACAUAUCUGUCACCCCCAAAGUUAAUCUCAGGCCCUUAACCUCUCUCUCAGUGCUCACCUUCCCCCAAAAUCCCUAGGCAACCAUUGAGUAGUUUUCACUAUAGGUAAAUUUGUCUUUUCUAGAAUUUUAUGUAAGUCCGUCUAUAAAGUGUUAAUUUUGUCUGCUGUCUUUCAUGCAACAUAAUUUGAAAUUUGUCCAUGGUAUGUAUGAACAGCCCGUUUUAAAAUUACUGAGUCCUAUUCUGUAUGGAUAUACCACAGUUUAUCCAUUUAUCUUAAUUGAUGUCUGUACUCCACCCUCAUUUUUUUUUUUUUUUUUUUUGAGACAGAGUCUCGCUCUGUCGCCCAGGCUGGAAUGCAGUGGCGCAAUCUCGGCUCGCUGCAACCUCCUCCUCCCGGGUUCACGCCAUUCUCCUGCCUCAGCCUCUCCGAGUAGCUGGGACUACAGGCGCCCGCCACCACGCCCGGCUAAUUUUUUUGUAUUUUUGGUAGAGACGGGGUUUCACCGUGGUCUCGAUCUCCUGACCUCGUGAUCCACCCGCCUCGGCCUCCCAAAGUGCUGGGAUUACAAGCGUGAGCCACCGCGCCCGGCUCUCAUUUUUAAAUAUUAAAAAACUGCUGCAAAUAUUGAUGCAUGAGUAUUUAUAUGGACACUUAGCUGAGAACAUUUUUAAGCAGAGGUUUUGAAGGUGUGGCUAUGUAGCUUACUAAUUAUAGUAAAAUAUAUUGGAAAAGAGAUACACACAGGGAAGAACUGCGAAACAGAAAAGACCCAAGAUUUGAUGAUUUGGGAAAUUCUCAGCCCAUCUUAAUUGGAAAAAAAAAAAAAAAACCAUUGAAAUUAAGAGAUUCAUUGUCAGGAAAGCACGUUUUAGAGAGAUAGCCAAUGAUGUUUGCCAUUACCGAGAUCAAAACAUACAUUAGAACACUGUCACACAAAAAGCUCUUUGAAGAGAUUAAAUGUGACUUGUAGAUCCCUUCAAUACAAACAGUUUGUAAGAAGUUUAAACUAUCACUCAUCUCAGCAAAAGCCAAAAAUAUAGAUAGGGGAUUCCCUAGGAGGAAUAAUCUGCAUAAGCCUCUUUUCUAAUGUUGUGAAUUUCAGUGACGUACAGGAGACUCACAAAAUUCUUGAAAAUUUUAUACCAGUGGAAAUGCUCACCUUGGGUCUAAAGGGACCUUGAAAGUAUGAAGUUAAAGGGUGUAGGCAUGUAAAAGUGUGAAGUUAAAGGGUGUAGUAUUCUAUACAUGGGACUGGCUGCGGAAACAGGUGCAAGCCCUUGCUACCUUUCAUGAGAAAGGAAGGAUGACUCAGAGCAGAGGAGAGUCCAGUGGGCAGAGUCCUGAACCAUGUGAUAUUCCCAUGUCUUGACUCCCAGUGGCAUUUGCCAAACUAGAUUUCAGAUUUUCUUGGGAUUGGUGGUUCCAUUAUUUUGUUUUCCCCCUUCCAUUUCCUCCCCUUUCGAAACAAUGCGUAUAUGUAUAACUAUUAUCCUAGGUCUUUCCCACCGUUUUGUUUGGGAGCAGAUAACUAGUUUUCUAGUUUUACGGAUCCAAAUGAGACAGGAAUAGCACUGGAUGGUCACAGGAGGAUGGAAAAUCUCAACACCCUGGUUUUGGUGCAGCUGAAAAAACAAAGAAAAACCCAAACAACAGCUAAAAUGGUAACUAGGCAAAGAAACCAUGGGGUAACAGAAAACCCAAAACAAAAGAGAAAACUGCCAGAACCCCAGUCGGUGACAUGUCCAUGACUCUUCCAGGCAAACCCAAAUAAGGGAGGAGGGAUGGUAAUCAGGGGUCCCUGAAAUCCCCUCCUUUCCCAGAAUACCUAAUGAUUACCCAGAUUAAAGAAACACCCAUACAAUUAGAAACCCAAACUUUGUUUUGCAUGACUUGCUCUCAGAGGCACUCCCACACUUCUCUCUUGUGUGUACUUUUGCUUCACAAUAAAAGCUGCUUGCCUUUGCUUCA